CGCUUCUCUCGUGCUAUGGUCUUUGCCAUUGAUGAGAUUAACAACAGCACAGAGCUGCUGCCCGGCAUCAAACUCGGGUAUCGGAUCUAUGAUUCCUGCGUCUCGGUGCCUGUGGCAGUGCACAUCGCAUUUCAGCUAACAAAUCGCCAGGACGCCGUGUUUUACAAAGGAGAAAACUGUUCUCAGUCUGGAGUGGUGAUGGCUGCUGUUGGAGACUCUGCAUCCACUCCAUCCAUCAGCAUAUCGAGCAUUGUUGGGUCCUUCAACAUCCCUCUGGUGAGCUACUUUGCCACGUGUGCCUGCCUGUCAGACAAACAGCAGUUCCCAACAUUUUUCAGAACUAUUCCCAGUGACCAUUACCAAGCUGAUGCACUGGCCAAGCUGGUGAAAUACUUUGGUUGGACUUGGAUAGGAGCCGUCCACUCAGACUCAGACUAUGGAAAUAAUGGCAUGGCCUCUUUUCUAGGAGCAGCACUGAGAGAGGGGAUCUGUGUGGAGUACAUUGAGUCCUUCUUCAGAACCGACCCACAAAGCAAGAUCCAAAGAGUUGCAGAUGUUAUCCGUAGUUCAACAGCAGUGGUUGUUGUAGCAUUUACAGCUAUUGGAGAAAUGAAAGUGUUGCUGGAGGAACUGGCUCGGGAUCCUCCUCCACCUCGUCAGUGGAUCGCGAGCGAAGCCUGGAUAACCGACCCAAACCUGAUGAGCUUCAGUUUCUGUGCAGGAGCCAUCGGUGUAGCUAUUCAGCAAUCUGUCAUCCCAGGUCUGAGAGAGUUCCUGCUGGAUCUCUCUGCCUCUGAGGCGGCUGCCUCCCCACUGCUGACUAAGUUCUGGGAAGAAGCUUUCAACUGCAGCUUGACAGAAACUUUCUCAGACAAGAGAGUGUGUGAUGGAACUGAAGAUCUCAACACCCUAAAAAGCUCGUACACAGAAACAUCUCAGUUAAGAAUCACUAACAUGGUGUAUAAGGCUGUUUAUGCUGUGGCUCAUGCCAUCCAGAAUGCAGUGUGUAACAAAACAAAUGGAAUAUUGCAAUGUGACAAACAUGUCAGGCUGGAACCCAAACAGGUUCUUAAAGAAUUAAAGGAAGUAAACUUCUCCAAGAAUGGUUACCAUGUCUCAUUUGAUGCUAAUGGGGAUCCUGUGGCUUUCUAUGAAUUAAUAAACUGGCAGAAAAGUGAGAGUGGAGUUAUUGAACUGGUAACAGUGGGAUAUUAUGAUGCAUCACUACCAAGAGGCCAGGAGUUUCGUAUCAACAGGAACUUAACCUGGUUGGAUGGUGGGACACAAGUUCCAGUCUCAGUUUGCUCAGAGAGUUGUCCUCCAGGAACUCGUAAAGUGUUACAGAAAGGAAAACCAAUCUGCUGCUAUGACUGUAUACCAUGUCCUGAAGGAGAGAUCAGUAAUAAAACAGAUUCCCCUGAUUGCUUCCCGUGCCCCAGAGAGUUCUGGCCAAAUGCAAACAGGGAUGCAUGUUUCCCGAAACCUGUGGAGUUUCUUUCCUUCGAUGAAGUCCUAUCAAUCAUCCUGGCUGUAUUCUCUGUUGGUGGAGCCUUUCUGGCUGUCAUAACAGCAGUGAUUUUCUUCCAUCACAGAACAACUCCAAUUGUCAGAGCGAACAACUCUGAGCUGAGCUUCCUGCUGCUCUUUUCUCUUAUUCUGUGUUUCUUAUGUUCACUAACUUUCAUUGGAGCCCCCUCUGAGUGGUCCUGCAUGCUGCGGCACACAGCGUUUGGCAUCACAUUUAAAUAUAACCAAUAA